AUGGGCGGGCCGCCAUGCAGGCCUUGCCGAGACUACUUGGUGCUCCUGGUCGCAGCGGGCUUCUGGCGCAUGGGCCAGUGUGGGCAGCCGCCGAUGGCAGGGCGGCGCGCCUGCGGCGAGGAUCGACAUGGGUUGGUGCAGCCUGGUGAACUGUGGAGCUGCUGGGGCAGAGCUGCACUGCCCGUGCAAGUGCGCGACCGCCAGCACGACCGAGUCCACGUGGACCGCCACAGGGACGCCUCAGGCACCGACUUCGACCCGGGCACGGGAGCGGGCCCCGUGGUGUGCAACGACGACUUCUGGUGCGAGAUCGCCGAGUGCGAGAAGCCCGGGGUGGCGGAGUACUGCCCCUGCGCCUGCAGCACGACCACAGCAUCAUCCACGCAGACGGCAACCUCGUCAAGUCGAACUUCGUCGACGACAGCAACAGGCACCACUGCCACGACCAUCACAAUGAGCUCUAGCAGUACGUCGACUGGCUCUACCACCAGCAUUACGCAUAGUACUAGCUCUGCCACCUCAACUAGCACCGCCACAGAGACUUCGUCAUCCAUAUCAUCCACAACACUUAGUACCACCACCAUCACCAGCAUGUCCACGUCGGCCACAACGAUCAGUUCAGUGACACUGUCCAGCAGCACAUCGACCAGUUCGGCCACCAGUACGACAACUACGAUCACUCACACCACAAGAACGAUUACUAGCAGUGACACUGCAACUUCUACUACUAGGACGACCUUGAGCAUUACAUCGACCACUUCGGCCACAGCUUGA